AUGGGAACUCCGAAAGGUAAGGUGAAACUCAAUGUUGGUGGCAGAAUAUUCGAAACUACAGCCACAACCUUAGAAUUUUCUGGCCAAAAUUCACUCUUUCGAGCCAUGUUAGAUGAGAAUUGGAACCUGCAUUCUGAUUCAGCCAUCACUGAACACUUCAUCGAUAGGGACCCUGAUUAUUUUGCCGUCCUUCUUAACCUUCUCAGGACAGGAGAGCUAUAUAUUCCUCCAAAUAUAAAUAAAAAGCUCGUAUACAAAGAGGCUGAAUAUUAUGGCAUUCUGGAUCAUGUCAGGUCAGCUGAGUGUGAUAAAUUUGAUGGCAAUAGGCCUCGGUUGGCACGGUCCAUAACAGGCUGGUCAGUAAGGGAUGGGGGGAUAUCUCGGGCCAUCGAAGCCAGCUCAAAUGGCUGGUGCUGUGUGGCUCAUGGUAGUGUGGUUCACGUGUACGACUGGAUGCUAGAAGAACGUCCUACAAUCAAUCUUGAUUACCAUAAGGUAAACAAUCUUUGUUGGAUUGAUUCUGAAAAUAUUGUGGUUAGCUCUGAAGAAAAUCUAGAUAGUGGAGGCAUGGGGUUAUUCAAUGCUUCAACAGGGGAAUUGAAAUAUAAAUUUCAAGUUACAGAUGUAUUAGAAGAUUAUACAGCAGGUGCACUCAGUGUUAGCUCGGAUAACAAGCUGUUUUCCAGUUGUACUAAGAGUACUAGCAAUAAACAUGGGAUCGGUGUUUGGGACCAAGUUACAGAUAAGCAAAUAGAUUUCCUCGAUAGGCCACCAUACAAGUAUCAACACAAUGCUAGCAAGCUGCAAUGGUUGCAUGAUACCAAAUGUUUGAUGGUUGCUGGUUUCCAUCCAAGGAGUAAUAUCAUCUUGUAUGAUGUUAGGAAUGACAAGAUGGUAUGGUCUAAGCCUGGUGUCUACGCGAGCAGCUGUUAUGACAUUGCUCGUGAGGAACUUUUUAGAGAUGUGAUUGCGAUAGAGGAGAGUUGUUCAAUUUGUUUAGCAGAUUGGAACGAAUGUCUCGGUUUCAUGGAUUUGAGGAGUAAUGGAACAAUAUAUUGGAGAAAUUCUGUCAAGGGUGUCCAGCCUUUUUGUAACUGGGGGACUGGAAAUUACUCUUGUUAUCCCAAACUGGCAUUUCACGAGGGGCAAUUGUUUUCAUCAUUGAACGAUACCAUUACCGUUUAUUCUGGUUCUGAUUGGGUUCCAACAUCGCAGUUUCAUCAGAAACACGGUGGUCCAAUUUGGGAUUUUUCAAUUGGUGGUGACCGCCUUUUUUCUCUUCAUAGAAAUGAAGAUGUUCUUGAUGUAUGGGAAACCCCUCGCAUGACAUGA